CAUCCCCCGUACUGCCCAUCCCCAGCCACCGCGGGUGGGUGAGCACCUUCCCCGGCUGAGCAGCACCAAAUCCUCAUCGCCGAGCCAAAUCCCGCCGGACGGGCAGUGAGGCGGCCGAGCCACCGCUCCAGCCCCAGCGUCGGGCGAGAAAAUCAACCGCAGGACAAGAUCGACUCACCCCCCACCCCCAGCACCGUCCCAGUGCGUGGGACACGGCCCCCCCGUUUGCCCCCGUGCUGGCCUGACCCGCGCCGAGGACGAAGCCCCAACCCCAGAAUCAUGGUGUGGGCAGCCCCAGCAGCCAUCGCGCUCUGCCUCCGUUUCUCCGCAGACCUCGUGAAAGCGGCAGCGGCUGCCCUGAUCGUCGGAGCCGUCCUGUCCGCCACUGAGCAACACAUUGACCUCUCAGCCUCGGAGCUGCAAAGUCUCCUCCGGUGCAUCCCAGCCAGCGACCCACCUGCUGCCGACAUCCUCGCGUUCACCCAGGGACUGCAAAACAAAACAGCGGAGCUGAGCAGUGCCCAGCUCUCCUGCCUGGCCAGGCUGCUUGCUGCCAAGAACCUGACGGCCGAUUUUGGGGGGUACCCACCAGACCUUCUGCUCUUCUUUGACUCGGCCGAGGUGCGCGCCGGGACCUGCGGAGAUUUUUACGCCCGGGCUUCCCGCGGGAACCUGGACCUGCUGCCCAGGGGCUCAGCCCGGCGGACGGGGCUGCUGCGUGGGGCACUGGCCUGCCUGGGGGUGAGGAGCGGCAGGUUGAGCCCCGAGCAGCUCGGCAGCCUCGGGGCGCUGGUAUGCGACAUGGAGCCAGAGACCAUCACGGCCUCAGAUCCCGGCAUCCUGGAGAACCUGAAGCUCUGCCCAGCGCUGACGGGGGCCCAGCGGGACGCCCUCAACGCCGUGCUUCUUGGGGGGGGCACGGUGUACGGGGAGCCUUCGAGCUGGGAUUUACGGACUCUGCAAAAUUUGGGGCCGCUCGUGCUGGCUUUGAACCAGACCGUGCUGAGCUUGGUGGCCGGGGCAGCACGGGAGGCUUUUGGCAGGAGCAUCGUGGCCGCGUACGGCAGCCAGGGACGUUCCCAGCGGGAGAAGUCCCUGACCCUCCUCAGGGCCUUCGCAGCAGCAUCAGCUUCGUCUCAUCCCAGGCUGAAGAGGAGCGCAAACGGCUGCCUGUCCAGGCUCAUCACCUCCAGCACCAUCUUCGACCCCCUCUUAUUCAUCCGCUACACCAGCGAGCAGUUCGACCUGUGCUUGAGCAACGAGUUUUUAGAAGCAAACCUGGGGCCUCUGCUGCAACAGCCGCUCCCCGUGGAGCACCUCCUGGUCGUGAAAAAGAAGCUGGAGCAGAUUUACCCGUCGGGGAUCCCAGAGAAGCAGCUGAAGGUGUUCGGGCUGCUGUCCCGCCUGUACACGGCCGAGGAGAUCGGCCGGUGGACGGUGACAUCCAGCGACACGCUCUCAGCCCUGCUCGACCCCUCGGAUGGCAAGUGGGAGCCUCGCCAGGUCCAGGAGCUGCUCAGCAGGUACCUGGCCCUGGGGGGCAGCUUGACCGGGUCCUUGCUUCGGAAAAUCGGUGGAAGACACCUCUGUAAUCUGCAGGAGGGGCAGAUCAAUGACGUACCUCCAGAAGAAAUCAGGAUUGCUGGACAGUUAAAUAUUUCUUCUUGUUCUCAAACCAAGAAGGACCAACUCUACCGAAAAGCCCGGGAGGCCUUUGCUGGCCAGGCUGGCACCACCAGAGCGUAUUAUUGCCGGAUUUGGCCGUACCUGGGUGGAGCUCCAGCGAAGGAUCUGAAAGAAUUGGCUAAAGCUGGCGUUAACAUGGACGUGGAGACCUUUCUUUCCCUAAAUCCCGAGGAACUGCAGAAACUCAGCGUCACGGAUGUGAAAAAUUUGCUCGGGGAAAACCUCCCUUACCUGAAGGAGGCUGAAAACGAGACCUCGGUGAUGCGCUGGGUGAAGAGACAGUCCCAGCAGGAGCUGGACUGUACCCUGGGAAUCGGUCUGCAAGGCGGGGUGGAGGAGCCCGGCCCCACGGGGACGGCCACCCCUCGCCCCCCCCCCACCUCGCCCGGUGUCACCCCCAUGGCCACCCUCCCCGCCGUCCCCACCCCUGUAGCCAUUAGCAGCCACCCGACCACUAAUUCAAAUACCGGCCCCCCCAAAGCCCCCACCCCGAGCGCUCACGGCCCGACCCCCCCUAACGGGACCCCCCCAGGCGCUUACACCCCCAGUGCUGCGCCGAGCCCCGCUGCCACCCCCCCUGCCCGGCCCGCUCCGACCACCGGCCCCGUCGUCCCGUGCUCCAUCCACCAGUUUGCCACCUCAAAUGAAGCCACCCCCCCCGCUGCCACCCCCCCCACCACCCUCCCCGCCGCCCUCGCGCCCAACGCCGCCUCCCCCGGCUCCGUCCCCCCCCCUGCUCUCACAGGCGGGGCCACCACCCCCAGCCUUGCCACUAACCCGGUUGUUCCCACCCGCAACACCAGCACCCCACGGGUGUCCGUGAACCCCCCAGCACCUGGGGGUUCCGCCACCCCACCCAGCACCCUUGUCGCUAACUCCACCUCCGCACCCGCCGCCACGGGAACGAACCUCCCCCCCCACAAGCCCACCCCCAUUCCCAACUCCACCAUCUCCACCCAAAAGAGCGUCGUCUCCUCAACGGUCAAGACCACGACGUUGGCUUGCAAGACCAGUGGCCCCCCAGCAUCUCCCGACCCCCCUUCCACCACCACCGUCGGCGAGACCACUAAACAAACACCCGCAGGCGUGCCGGAGUCACCGAGACCAACACCCGGCGGAUACAUCAACCUGCAACCAGAACCUGGAUCAGGAUCCAGACUCUCCCCCUGCCUAGUGCCCGUACUGACCGUGGCCAGCUCGCUGCUGCGAGCGCUUCUCUGACCCUGCCGCCUCCAGCACCACACUCGCCGCAUCCCUCCUUUUGAUUUUCACCAUCCUGCAAAAGAACGGUGCUGGCAAAUUCCCCGCUGGAAGGCAGAAACCUGGGAAAGGAGUAGAGUUUGUCCGUUUGAGAUCCGCACAGAAUUUCCUUCCUAUUUUUGCGGCUGGGCAGCGAAAGGACGACAGAAAUUUUUUCCAGCCCAACAGCUUUACUCCUGCUAGCUAGCUGCUCCAUGUAAUAGAGUUAUCAGCAGUAUGGACUGGUCUGACAACGCAUUAAUGCUGACAGCGGGCCCGGUUCUGCCAGCUUUACUCACACUGAGUGGUAUUUUACUUCUAAACAGUCCCACUGGGAUCUGUUCAAACAGUGGGGCAACUCAGGGAUUUGAGUUACUGGCCGUUGCAAAAGAAGCAGAAUACGGCCCAGCAACGCAGCUCAGAGAUCCGCUAAACUGCAUUUAGCUUGUUUCAUCACCUUAGGAGAUUUUUGAUCAAGAUUUGUUCAAACUACACGAAGCCUAGUUAGAGGGAUGAUUAACUGAAGAUAAUUUAUCUUGAUUACUGUUGCAAUGCUAUAUAAUAAACGAUCGAUCAAUUUUUUUUUCCUAA